AUGUCCCGGGACACAGGGGAUCAACUGGGUCCGGACCCGGUCCAGGCUGCGGACCUGGACCCGGUCCGGGCUCCGGUGGCCUUCGGGCUCCGGGCCGUGCCGCGGCUGUUCGAGGAGCUGCAGCAGCCGGGCAGCCGGCGCCGGGCUCUGGCUUCUCUCUGCGGCCUGAUGCUGGACCCGGAGCGGCUCCACCAGACCGUCAGUGGAGGUUUCCUGGAGCAGCUGAAGGUUUUGCUAAAGGAUGAAGAUCCGUCAGUCAGAGGAGAAACCUGCAAACUGCUGCACCUGCUGAGCGGCCACAGUGUGGGCAGGGAGGCGCUGCUCUCCUCCUCCCUCCUCCCCCCCCUCUCUCAGCUCCUGGACGACCACUCGUCCUCCUGCAGGACAAACGUCCACCGGGUCCUGAACCGUCUCACCCUGUUGCCUGCAGGUGCAGACGCUCUCCUGUCUCUGGUUCCUAAACUGAUGCUGAAGCUCAAAGAGGAAGAGGAGGAAGAGGAGGUGCAGGUGCUCCUCCUCUCUACCCUCAGCUGCGUCUCCAGGCUGGACGCUCUUCCAGCUCUGUCCUCUGAUGGCGUCUCGCUGGUUGGACACAAACUGUCCCACCGCUCGCCGAGCGUCCGCAGAGAGGCGGCUGCAGCCAUGAUGGCGCUCAGUGUUCCUGAGGACGGGAAGCGUCAGGUGUGUGAGAAGGCGGUACUUCCUGUCGUGGUCGGGCUGCUGCAGGAAGAAGACGUUGAGAUUCAGGCAAACGCUGCCGGAGUCAUCAUGUACACAGUGAUCAUCACUGCAGGGAAGCAGCAGUGUCUGGACCUGGACGUCGUGCCCGUCCUCCUCCGCCUGCUCUCCAACCAGAGACGGGAGGAAGAGGAGGAGGCGGAGAGGAGGCAGAGGAGGAAGGCCCUGGUGGUGUACACCCUGCGGGCGCUGACCUCGCUGGCUGAGGCUCCAGACGGCCGCCGCCUCCUGCUGGAGCAGCUCCCCCUGCUGGAGAGCCAGAGCGUGGCCACAGAGGAGGACCAGGACAUCCAGCGAGCUGCUCAGACCGUCAUCAGGGCCGUCACCUGGACCCCCUGA